AGCAGAGGUGGACAACAGUAUCUUCUCAGAGCCUUUCUCCACUCCUAGUUCCUGCUCAGCGUGGAGAAGGGAUAACGGGCUUGUGUUCAGCCAGAAUCCAGAGGAGUUUGGACAGAUCAGAGUCUAGCUUUCAUGAAAGGGAAAAGUUUGGGAGAAAUCAUGGCCAGUUAACCAAGUUUCCAGUUUGAGGACCAGAGCCCCCAGCCUAACUCCUCAGGACACCGCAUGGAGGUGAUAGUGGAUGAAGAAGUCCCAGGACCAUCAGACGCCCGGGUGGAUUCCAGUCCCCUGCCUCAGUCCCCUGGCUGGAAGAGGAGGAGGGAGUGGUCAGCAGAGGAGGAGGAGGAUCGACUGCCCCUGGGGCUGAGGACAUGUGUGGGCUCAAGAUCAAGUCGAAGAGACAGCGGAUGUCUUCAGUUCUACCUGAACACCAUGACGUCUUCAACAGGCUGCUUGGUAGGCAGAGACCCUGGAGAGGACCCUCGAGGCCGAUUCUUUUUUAUAAAAAAAGAAGCAACUUCCAACACCUACACUUUUGCAAUGGAAAAGAAUUCCUUGCUAGUUGAGGAUCCUGUCGUUAAAAGAUUCCUGGCCUGGGACAGAAAUCUGAGGAUGUCUGACAAGAUAAGAGGAACUUCUGCUCCACCUGGGGCUGUGGAGAGCUUUCUGAACCCAUGGUUCUACUUCUCUCUCCAACCUGACGCCUUCUCAUUUCUCUUUGGGGGCCUAGUGGUUUCUUGCAGUAUAGACCGGCAGCCCUGCCUUUUCCCCCCAGCUCCUCUGCGAUCUGUGCUCAAGGCUUGCCCUUUUGGUUGUUGGCACAUUAAAUCCCCUCUCCUCACAGAUCUUGGGGAGCCCCUUUGCUCCAGCUGAUCAAAAACCCUCCUGAUGCUGGCCGUCUUAAACAAAUGCCCUCAAACCUUCAGAGCUUUCUGUCCUGAGCAUCAUAAAGUCUUCCCAUGACUUCUUGGGUUUGCGACCUACCUUCUACCCCCCAAAUAAGCAGGUUCCCCUCAACACCGGGGUCUUCUUCCAGUGGCAACACCUGUCCCCAGGCUCUCGUGCCCUUGUCCCACUGUUCUUCCCUUCCCGAUGUGACCUCUCUUGUGUGGUGUUUUUCCUCUUUCCAUCAAUACCUCCUAUCUAUGGUUAUAGCUUAUGUUAGCCAUGCUAGCUGCUUCUCCUGGCAGUACAAGUGAAUUCAUUUCUUCCUGGCCCUGUGAGUAUUUUGCUUAAUCCCAUCAGUCAAUAGUCAUACCCUAGCGGGCAGAGAGAAGGGGGACUCUGAACUUUUAUCUAUUUUUUUAACCUACUUGUACUCUGUGUGUAAAAAUAAUAGGAUUAUAGUAUAGUGUUUUUUAUACUGUUCUUUAUAAAAGUCAAUAACCCUAAUGUCAGCUAAAAGACGGAACAAAACAAAAAAUCACAAAACCCUCCAAAUGAAAGAAUUGACAUCUCCUUGCCCCCAAGCAAAUAGGCUUUAGACUAAGCAUUUCCAAUCCCUCUGUUGCUCUCUUUCUCAUAUCAACACCAAGUAGAAUUGUCUUCUUGCUCAGUUCAGAGGGGCCCUCAUUACAUAACACAGAUCUAUUAUAAAAUGCUCCCAGGGAGGUUUCUCACAAGUCUCUCUGAAUAUCCUUCCAAAACACAGAUCUAACCACUUCACUGGCCUGCUGAACAAUCUCAUAGGCUAAUUAUGCUCUAAAUCAAGGCCAGAGUUCUCAGUUUGAAUUCCACCCUCUUUACAAUUUCCAUCAAACUGCCUACCAUCCUGACAUUUCUUUCCUUUGUUUCACUGCUCUUCUAGAUACACUUGCCUCUGUUUCCAUAUUGUGUCUUCUGCCUAGGUAUCUGUUACGAAUAUGUAUCUGAAACAAUGGCCUAUUCUUAAAGUCAGUUCAAACACCAAAAUCUUUGUGGUACCUUCUCUGACCUCCCUAACUUCUGCACUUUAAUUAAAUUCUAUUACAACGUGAUAUUUUGGAUUAUGGUUAUUUCUUAUGUCCCCCUUUCCCCAACCUCAGCCCCAUUAGACUAGACACCUGUCAAAGGCAUGUCUUGUCCACGUUUCAAUGCGUUCUGAAAAAACUCAGUGCAAUUCUUUUCGUUUUGCAAAUGUUUAAGUUAUAUUGAAUCUAUGAGAUAAUCAGUUUUGCAUUUGACUAUGAGACAAAGCAUUCAUUCAUUCAUUCGUUCAUUCUAGGAAACGUUAUAAAGUGCACCUCGUGCUAGGAAAUAUGAGGUGAUGGGAAGAGAGAUUCAAGAAGUGCGGUUGAAUUAAUGCACCGAUAUGAACCAAUAUUAGUCAUUUGGUAGGAAAGCGAUGAAUACAGAAAUAGAUCAGAGUCAGUCCCUGCCACCAGGAACUGUAGAGGUACUUAUACUAUAGCGAGACAGGUGUGUGCACACACACAGGUAGAAGGGAAGGAGGCCGAGGACUGGGACGGCACAAUUGUGAUGGAAACUGCAUUGCCUGAGGACAGUGGGAUAGGCCUCCAGGCUUCCCCGCUGAAUUUUGUCUUCAUCAUCAAGACAUGUGAAGUACCCUUGAUGUCUCUGCCCAACAGUGGCUUCUUGGUGACCAGGUGGCACUCUGUGACAUUGGGUAGGGCUUGUGUAUGUCCUGUGUGAAGAUGAUCAACCUGUGUCCUUUCUGGGAAGCUGACCUCAGGUAGGGAUCCUUCCUGUCCUGCUCCUGACCUGCAGUCUGCUGUC